AUGGCGACUUCGUUCUUUGGCCGCAACGAGCCUGAGGGCCGACGGCUCGGCUCCGAUCUUUCUCUGAUCGGCAAAUGGGGAGAAUCAUAUACUCAGCGUAUUUCUGCUCACGCAGUUCCCGUCGCUCGACUCUCGCUAGCAGAUCAAGAAACUUUGUUCUCCAAGACAAAGUGCGAGUUCCGCAUCUGCGAGCAGCCCGACAUGACUGCCAAACUCGAGGCUAUCCCCUACUCGACGGUUUUGGAGCCUACCAACUGGGACGAUUUCCAGAAGACGGCCGAUCCUGAAGUAGUGGCCAUGAUGUCCCAUCCUAACUACGCCAAGCUCGUACGCAUGCAGAAUGAAGUGAGCAAGCUUGUGGAUGACUCUGAACCCGAAGCCGCCCGCAGAUACUGGGCUGUCCGUAACAAGGCUUCAAGCGCCGGUUGCGACACCAAGAUUGCGGACGCAUACGCCCAGCAGGCCGCUAACGAUUACAUUGAGAGAGUCGGCCAUGAUCUCAAACGGAAGUGGAGGGAACAAAAACGGGCCGAUCAGCGUGGGAGCGCUCCAUCUCCCAAGGCCACCAAGCAGUCUGAGAAAACUGCGAGAUGCCCGAUGAGUGCCGAUGACAUUGAGGCUGCCAUGAUUCAGGCGAUCAAGGAAUCCAACCACGCUUCUGCGAGCACGAAGUCGCGCAAGAAGGAUCUCAAGAUCGAUCCACGAGCGACAGCAACUGUCAAAGACCAAGGAUUUCCCACUCCUACGACGAGCCCUACACAUGGCAGUGACACUUCCGCCCGCUCCGCCCGCUCUUUUCUAUCGGCGAGCCCGCGAUCCUCCCACUCCACCCCUUCACCCACGCUUCUCCCGAAACCGGCAAUAACCAUCUUGAAGAGACCACAGCCGAGAUCUGAAACCAAAGCUAUGGAUAUCGGCGGGAACACUGCAUCACCUAUCCCGCUGGCUGCGGUCAACACACCCAAUUCUGCACCUCUACCAGUCAUGGGAAACACGGCUGGAUUUACAUACGUAAAUUUUAACGGGCCCUUCAGCGGAACGCAGCACUUGUCUGGUCCUGGUAACCCGGCACAGCUUGCCAACCCUUAUCCAAUCAUCUACGCGAACAACGUCUAUUAUGGGCCUGUCGGUAAUGGCCACGUGACGGCCAACUACACCUUCCCAUGGGCAUCGCUUUCCACUCCCAUCGUUGCCAAGCUCGAAGAAAAUCGCACCGAUAGUCCGAGGACCGCAAUCAGACAACCCAAGGGGUCAGCUGAGGCAGCGGUUGAUACCAUAGCUCAACGCCCACAGAAUCAGUGCCAGAUGGCCAAGUCUCAGCCGUACAGUAGCAUCACUUGUUACGAGGUGAAACAUCCUCUCCUCGGCACUGUUGACAUUCAUCCGGCUUACUGGACAACCAAGGAAGACAAGGCUCGUCUUCUGUUCGACAAGCUCUUGGGUCUGAGGGCCAAAGAUAAGGAGGUCCAAAAGGAACAUGCGUCUGGAACAAACGCAGUCCGAUCCAAGACCGUCCAUAUCUUUGUCGAUCUGUCCAACAUCGUCAUUGGCUUCUACGACACCAUGAAGAAGAGCCGUGGCUUUUCGCCACAGAAGCGGCUUAAGGUGCCAUUCUCGUUCAAGAACUUUGAUACCAUCCUCACUCGUGGCCGAAAGGUUGAGAAGAGGGUCGUUGCAGGUUCUGUGAGUAAUCACAGCUACAGGCGUCCAGACUACAUGACGGAAGCCGCGGGGCUCAAAUACGAGAUGUGCAUUCUCUCACGUGUUACGAAGCCGUCUUCUCUGGAUCUGAGCAAGAAAUCUAAGAAGUAUGGUCGCCGCUCUGAAGGUUCAGGAGAGGGCCCUGAAACGCGCAGUGAACAGUGCGUUGAUGAAUUACUCCACCUGAAGAUUCUACAGAGCGCUCUGGACGUUCCGAAUCCCGGUACCAUGGUUCUCGCUACAGGUGAUGCGGCGUGCGCCGAGUAUUCGGACGGUUUCAAGAAGAACACCGAGCGGGCACUAGCUCGUGGCUGGAAGAUCGAGCUUUACGGCUGGAAAAACAACAUUGCGAAAGAUUGGCGGGACCCGGAGUUCACCUCCAGAUGGGGUUCUCGAUUUAGAAUCAUCGAGCUUGACGACUUCUGUGAAGAGCUUUUGGACCUCACCGUUGAGUCGUUGUGGGCAAAGUCGCAGUAA